AUGUCUUUUUCCGAUGAUAAAGAAAAUUGUUUUCAAUGCGCCAUUAAAGGUGGUUUUAUAAAGGUGUUUAAUUAUAAUUCAUUUGAAAAUAUAAAACCUAUUUCUGAGAAAAGAUCCUCGGCAGUUUUAAAAGAAAUCAACGAAAAUGUUUCAUUCGAAUAUUUUUACAAAAAUAAUGAAGUGUAUGGAAAUAAUAUUGGAGGAAGUGAAGACGCAAGUAGUAGAGAAGAAAGUGGGGAUGAAAGUGAUAUGGAAGAAAGUGGAGACGAAAGUAAUAUUGACGAAAGUGAAGACGAACGAGAUAAUGAAGAUUAUGCCAAUAAUGAAUAUCCUGAGAAGUUUUUCAGGGUGGUAGAGAACAUGAUCUCGAUUGUUUCCAACGAAUAUGUAAUUCAGUUUAUGGGAGUUUGUAAAGAUCCGGAACGUGUAGGACGGUAUUUUAUGGUAUUACAAUAUGUCGGUGAAGAAAAUCUUAAAACUUUCUUGAAAAAAAACACGGAUCUAGAUUGGAGAACAAAAGUAAAAAUAUCAAAAUAUGUUUCGUAUGGCUUAAAUUACAUUCAUAACGCAGGCGUCGCACAUUGCAACCUGUCCACAAAAAAUAUAGUAAAAGGUCAUGGUGACAGGUGGCUGAUCACAAAUUUUGGUUCAUCAAAAUCGUUGAAUCUCACGACUAUGAACAAAGAUAUCUUUGAUCUGGGAGAAUUAUUUGUAGAAAUAUCAAUCGGAAGAUCAAUCGACAAUUUCAAUACUGAGAUCCGCUCUCAUAGUAUUGGAACCCCAAUAGAUUACAUAGAUCUUUGUCGAGAAGUGCUGUCAUCGAGCAGUAAUUAUUGCGAAAUUUAA